GGUGCCUUCCUUUCUCCGUUACAGCUGACACCAGGGGGAAAAGCUGAAGUAGCCUGUGUUAGUGUGGGGGACUGGUUGUUACAGAUUGAUGGAGAGAGCACCACAAAUAUGACGCACAUCGAGGCCCAGAAUAAGAUCCGAGCCUGCAGCAACAAGCUGGGUUUAGUUCUGAGCAGGUUCUCACUGGGAUUGAGUAAUCAGCCAAAGGUGGAGAACAUAGAAAACGUUGGUAUAAACCCCAAAGAGCAGAACGUUUCCAAGGUCUUGAACGGAGUGAACCAUCCCUCUUUCGACACAUUUCUUUUAGACGACAAGCACUCGCUUAGGAUGGACUACCAACCAGCCUUCCUCCCUAAUGACUCCAGUAAAAAAAGGCUGAUAGAGGACACCGAGGAUUGGAAGCCUCGUACAGGGACUACUCAGUCCCGCUCUUUCCGCAUCCUGGCACAACUCACUGGCACAGAUUUCAUGCAAGACCCUGAUGAUGAGCAAAUGAAAAGAAUGAGGGAAAAGUUCAUCACAGAGCUUCAGAGCCCCCGAUAUACUCGCUUGCGUGAUUGGCACCACGAGAGAUCAGCUACCUCCCUAAAUGUGAAGCCUUGA